AUGCUCGAGGAACUGGCCAAAUCCUGUCCUCAAGCAGAGACACCCUCGCCGUCCUUUAAGCAAGCAUCCGGUCUCCCCGGCGCCAGCGCUCCUCCCGUAACGGCAGCGGAUGCCGGGGAGGACGGUGAAUGGGAAACGGAUGAGGAAGUGACGGGCAGUGGCAGCGACGAGGAGGACAUCCCAGACAGUGAAAUCAGCGAGUACGAGCGGAUGGAAUCACUUCGGUUAAAAAUGGUCUUUGUGGUGCGUCAGUUCACGCCCAAGCUUCCCGCGAACACGGUUGCCGAGCUUACCGCCAGCGCCGGUGUCGGCCUUGUCGAGUGGCUCAACCACCUUCGCACACGUCCGGCCGCCGCAAGCCGGACGCAAACAUCGAAGCGGGGCAGUUCCGACGAGUGUCUGGGGCACGAUUGUCUAGUAAAUCCGGAGGCGGACGAAAUAAACAAAUGGCGAACCUGGUACGCGUGGUGGGGUCGGAUUGGCUGCGCUAAGAUUGCCCUCAAGUGCUCCGAAGUGGAUGUCAUGGAGUCGGUGGUGGCCGCUGCAGUGCUCAAUCGGUUGCCAAUGUACGUAGUGCGAGUGCCUGCGCCGACGCCGGGCUCUUCCGCACGAGGACCCGCAGGCAAAGGAAAGCAGUCUGCGUCAGUGUCAACUCUCUUGGAUGCUCCAGUGCUUCCCACAAGCGCAGACGACAAUGCGAUUGCGGUGAUUGCCUUGGGACCUGCGCCAGCGGACACUUGCAUGCAGCGUAACGCUGGAAGCUCGCUCUCACCAGUGUCCUCGGGCUGGGAGGGCGGACGCGCAGGUUUCUCGUUCAGCGGACGUGGGGCGAAAUCUGGUGCGUUGUUCCGUGGGACCACGCCGGGGAGUCUUGUGCUGCUCGACGGUGCGGCGACCGUUUUCUGCGCUCCACUGACACGCAACGUUCGUUAUCAGUUCGUAAAGUGCGGCGUUCCUGUGGUGGUGACCACAGCUGCGCGGUUCGACAUCGAGGGCGAGUUCACCGUCCAGCGAGGGAUCCUCGAUUCGACGGUAGAGGAUAUUCACGCCCAACUAGAGGUGGCCAGGGCGAACGCCGUGAACGCGGUAGAGGCAAGGCGUGCGGCUGCAGAACGCGUGUACUCGGGCCCCCGGGUGAUUGUUGUGGGCGACCAGAACACCGGGAAAAGCAGCUUGUGCCGCUCGCUGACCAACCUCGCCGUCUCCAGGGAGAACGGACGCAACUACGGUGUCACCUUCGUUGACGUUGACGUCGGGCAGCAGUGCAUUACCUGUCCGGGCAGCGUUGCGGCGGCGUUUGUAGAGGGAUCGAUUCCUGUGGAUGAGGGCUUUAACGCAAUGGUGCCGCUCAGCUUCUUCUACGGAGACAAACAAGUGGGACCGACGACGCGCAAGCGUUAUCUCGACCUCUGCGCCUGCGUGGCCCAAGCGGCGGCGUCGGUCGGCUACGCGAAGCCGUCUUUUGAGUGCGGAGGGAUGAUCAUUAACACAAUGGGCUGGACCACGGAGUUAGGCCGCGAUCUGUUGUUGGAGCUCCUCUCCAUUUUUUCAGUCACCCACGUGAUUGUGACUGGGUCGGACCUGGACCUUGAAACCACCAUGCGAAACGCCGUCCUCGGUCGCUCGAUCGAGGUGAUUCGCUACCCAAAACAGGCGAACAUGCUGAGGCGUAGUGGGUCGCUGCUCUCCGACACGCGCAUGCUGCAACUUGUCUCCUACUUUUCUGGCACACACAGGACCCCUCUUUGCCCUGUGCGUGGCGUAGCCAAGAUCAACGACGUGACCUUCCUGAACGCGCUUAAUCUCGAACCCAUGAGCUGGCAAGAAAUCCGUCCCCUGAGUGUCGCGGCCGUGGUAUGGGCGAAUUCAAAGGAAACAGCCGGGGAAGCCAACGUUGCUGGUUAUGUUGUUCUCUUGGAGAUUGGAAAACGCUUCUUUUCCUUUCUCUCACCCGCAGCGGGCGACCUUCCAAAGCCUUACCCUGUGUCGACCACAAUCCUUCUUCCGGCGUCGAAAGUGCCUCCCAUCAACGUGUAG